UUCGCGCGACAAGUAAUACACGCGUACUCGUCUUAUGAAUGCUGAGUUACCGUAUGCCAAUCUAAAUCGCAUGACGUGAUGUUUCUCCUUCUCGAGCUCGGUUUCUUCGCAAUACAGCAUAAUCAAUGUUUCAAAGAGCUCUCUUGUUAUCGUUUGAGAUAGCUUUUGUCGUCAUAAUUCAUAUCAUAUCCCAGCAGAGGACGUAUAUAUACGCACGUAUCUCUUUAUUCUACAGUGUGUGCAUUUUCCUCAAGUUUUACUGCAUUUCUCCAGAGUGUAAAGUUUGUUAAUAAUAGAAAAAAUGAAACAUUAUAUCAUCUAUUUUAUCGUGUAUACAUAUUUUGUGGAAAUCCUGAGCGUAGCUGGAAUAGAAGACAGUCGACACUGGCAUCGGUUGGCCAAUAAAGAACUAGAAGAAUCCCUCUCGUACCAUUGGAAUACGAAAAAAGCGAAAAAUGUGAUCCUCUUCGUCGGGGACGGGAUGAGUCCGGAUACCAUAACAGCUAGCAGAAUUUAUCAUGGCGGCGAGACCAGUAGACUCGCAUGGGAACAUUUUCCCCAUAUCGGGAUAUUGAAGACGUACAACGUGGACAGACAAAUCCCAGACUCGGCAUCUACCGCUACCGCUCUCUUUGGAGGAGUCAAAACGAAUUUCGAGGUCGUUGGAGUGGACGCCAACGUGCAGUUGGGAAAUUGCCGGGCGAGUUUGAAUGCAAAUUAUCACGUCGAUUCAUUUUUAGCGUGGGCGCAGGCUGCCGAUAAAGCGACAGGUUUCGUCACGACUACCAGAGUGACUCAUGCGACUCCGGCACCGCUUUAUGCGCACUGUGCGAAUCGCAGAUGGGAGUGCGAAUCCAAAAUGCCUGAAAACGCUGCCAACUGUAAAGAUAUCGCCAGACAGUUAGUAGAGGAUGAACCCGGAAAAAACAUUCGAGUGAUUAUGGGCGGUGGAAGACAAAUGCUAAAGUCCAAUGUGAGCGCCAGCGAAUUUGAUCCGAUAGAUUCCUGGGCUUGCUACAGACAAGACGGUCGUGAUCUCAUCACCGAAUGGAUACGGGACAAGUCCAGUAGAGAUUUAGCUUACAGCGUUGUUCAAAAUAAUGAGGAACUGUCUCGGCUCGAUAUCGAUAAAGUGGAUUAUUUACUCGGUAUUUUCGCCAAUGGUCACAUCGAGAUGGACUGGAAGCGCGAACGAGGUCCGAAGGGACAACCGAGCCUGGAAGAGAUGACAGUGACGGCAUUACGAAUUUUACAAAAGUCCAAACAAGGAUAUUUCUUAAUGGUCGAGGGCGGAAUGAUUGACUUUGCCCAUCAUCGCGGCCACGCUGCUCAAGCUCUGCUGGAAACCAUCCGGUUCUCGGACGCCGUCAACGCCACUCUUAGAAUGAUCGACACGGAGGACACCCUCGUGAUAGUAACUAGCGAUCACACGCACUCGAUGAACUUUAACGGAUAUAGUCCUCGCGGUUCGUCCAUCCUGGAAAUCGCUCAGAAAUCUAGAUACGAUGGAAUACCGUACACAAAGUUGUCUUACAGCACGGGCGGCCCAAACAACUUUGCUUACACGGUGAAUAAUGAUAGUCAAGCUGUGAGGAUCGAUCCUUCCAAAUUCAAUACUACGGAUUUUACUUACAGCCAACAAGCCACAAUCAUAUCGGACGAAGCUUAUCAUGGCGGUGGAGACGUGGCUGUGUACGCUAUAGGCCCGCACGCCCAUCUUUUUCACAGCGUGCACGAGCAGAAUUAUGUGGCGCACGUGAUCGCAUAUGCAGCAAAUGUCGGCGAAUAUUUUAAUAGCGCCGCGAUAUCGCAUAUUCGCCGUCUAAACGUGAUUAUUUUAUAUGGUCUAAUCUCGUGGAUUUUAAUCGCAUACAAAUAAACCUAUAAAUAUCUAUUAAAAGCGGAUUAUCAGUUUUAUUUUCGUAAGAAAUGAUAUAUCCAUAAUAUAAGUAUACACACUGAUAUGUGGUAUUCUCAAUUUACAUAACAAUAAUUAAGUGGUAUUGCAAGUGUCCGCGAGAUGUAUCACUUGUUCUCCACUCCAUCACAGACUAACUUUCAACGGA